ACAAACAUCUAUGCAUACUCGCAAAAGAAAUUAAAGUUGAAGAAGACUCGUUAGCACAAGAGUUGAGUGCUUAUAAUUGUAUAAUGUCAAAGAAGAGGAAGUUUCAAGAACAGAUUUCUCCAGCUCCAAUAAACAAGAGAAAGUCACUGUUAAUGAAGCCACGGCAUUAUGAUCCUAGUGAAGAAUGUGAAGAAGAUAGCGAAGAGAAGUCUGAGUUUUUGACUUUCAAAUUUAUGAAAAAAAAGUGUUGCACUACAGCAGGAGGAAUCAUCUUGGAAUCUACUCAUAGAAAAGAGGAAAAAUGUUAUCAAGGCACUAUGACCAAUUCUACUGUCCUGGGGAGAACAGCAAAGGAAAUUUCAAUUCAUACACUGAAUAAUACUGUGAAUGAGAAUGGAUUUCAAGUAGUACAAACACAUGAGGAUGAUAACCGUUAUAGCAUUCAGUCCCCCACACAAAAUAAACCGCCUAUAUAUCCAACUGAUGAUAAUCAACCAAAUUCUAAAGUCACUAAAAAUGGGUGGGAUAGUUCUUCCAGUUUUUUAGAAGAAAACAAAAAAGAGCACAUAUAUGAUAAAUAUAGCAACAAAAUGAAACCAACUGAAAUUCAAGAAGCUAGCACUAACGAAGUGGAGAUUGACUCUUGUGGAACAGAAAGUAACUCAGCAAUACAAUUAACAGAACAAGAAGAUAAUGGAAACCAACAUCAGAUCCCUGAAAGUGAAGAGGAUGACAAAUGUCUUUCAAUUAUUACGGAAGAGUCAGAUGAUUUGGAUAAAACAAAAGGGAACUUGAGCUUGCUUGAACAAGCCAUUGCUCUACAAGCAGAGCAAGGUCAUGUGUUUCACAGUACAUACAAAGAAUUAGAUAUGUUUCUUUUGGAACAUUUAGCCAGUGAAAGAAGACAAACAAAAGUUAUUGACAUAUCUGGACGACAAUUAUAUAACAACAAAAGUUUAACACGUACUGAAAAAAGAGAAACCAAGUGCCCUAUUCCAGGUUGUGACGGCACUGGUCAUGUGACUGGAUUAUAUCCACAUCGCAGUCUCUCUGGGUGUCCACAUAAAGUUAGAGUGCCUCUAGAAGUAAUUUUGGCCAUGCAUGAAAAUGUACUAAAAUGUCCAACACCAGGAUGCACUGGCAGGGGACAUGUUAAUAGUAACCGUAACACACAUAGGAGUCUUUCAGGUUGUCCUAUUGCAGCAGCUGAAAAACUCUCAAAAGUCCAUGACAAGCACUACCCAUCCAGUCCUGGAGCCAACCUUGAAUCAAUUCACAGGGCAACAUGUGUAAAACAUGUUGAAGUAACACAGUUCAGUUAUCGAGCAGCACAACCAGUUACUACAGCACGAGCAACUAUAAUCAAAGAUCAUGAAAGAUUUGGGAAAGCUCCAUUUGACUAUGCCAGCUUUGAUGCACAAGUGUUUGGUAAACACACAAUUGCAACAGUUGUGCGCAGCCAAGAGACUAAUGAUAUUGAAGCAAAACAAUAUACAAGUCCAGUGAAAUCUUCCAAUCAACUGCUUAGUGCCCACACACAGAGUCCCUGCCAUGCCAAUUCUUAUAGCUACGGUCAGUGUAGUGAAGACACCCACAUAGCAGCAGCUGCUGCUAUCCUCAACCUUUCCACCCGUUGCAGGGAAGCAGCAGCAGAGAUCCUGUCCAACAAACCACUGAGUCUUUCUGCCAAGGCUACGGAGAUUGAAGUUGAUGAGAAUGGGACUUUGGACCUGAGCAUGAAGAAGAAUCGAUUACAUGAUAAGACAGAUAAUAUAAACACUUCCAGCACAAUUGUAUCAAGCACGUCCACCUCUCCUUUUAAAACAAGUAGCAUCUUGGUCAAUGCUGCCUUCUAUAAAGCCCUAUGUGAAAAGGAGGGCUGGGAUGCACCUAUCAACUACAGCAAGUUCCAUAGUAAAAAUGCAGACGAUAGAGAGAUGGACCUUGGGAGUUGCUCCGAGAGCACAGAUGAGACAAAGUAUUCUGUAGAUGUAUCACUGCCAAGCCCUAAAUCCAAGCUUCAUUCAAGGGACUUGAAAAAGGAGCUAAUUACUUGCCCAACGCCUGGAUGUGAUGGAAGUGGUCAUGUAACAGGAAACUAUGCUUCACAUCGCAGUGUUUCUGGUUGUCCCUUGGCUGACAAGACCCUGAAAUCUUUGAUGGCUGCUAACUCACAGGAGCUUAAGUGCCCUACACCUGGCUGUGAUGGUUCUGGCCAUGUGACCGGAAAUUAUGCUUCUCACAGAAGUCUGUCAGGUUGCCCACGUGCCAGAAAAAGUGCUGUUAAGACACUUCCUAGCAAAGAAGAUAAUGAAGAACCAGAACUCAAGUGCCCUGUUUUAGGCUGUGAUGGCCAAGGACAUAUAUCAGGUAAAUACACAUCUCACAGAAGCGCUUCUGGUUGUCCUUUGGCUGCUAAGAGACAGAAGGAGAGUGCGCUGAAUGGCUCACCGCUAUCUUGGAAACAGAACAAGCAAGAACUACCACAUUGUCCACUUCCAGGUUGCAAUGGACUGGGUCAUGUUAAUAAUGUAUUUGUCACCCACCGAAGUUUGUCUGGGUGUCCUCUAAAUGCACAAGCCAUAAAGAAAGGGAAAACUACAGAAGAACUCAUGACAAUAAAGUUGAAAGCAAAUGGAGGUGGGGAAAAUGAAGACGAUAUUAGAAAUCUAGAUGAAGAGAUCAAAGAACUGAAUGAAUCAAAUCUGAAGAUAGAAGCUGAUAUGAUGAAGCUACAAACACAGAUCACAUCAAUGGAAACAAAUCUGAAAACAAUAGAGGAGGAGAACAAACUUAUAGAACAGAAUAAUGAAAGCCUUAUAAAGGAAUUGGCAGGCCUAAGCCAAGCCCUAAUCUCAAGUCUUGCUGAUAUCCAGCUUCCACAGAUGGAACCAAUCAGCGAACAUAAUUUUGAGACAUAUGUGAAUACUCUAACAGAAAUGUACAGCAAUAUGGGACCAGAUUACUCCCCAGAAUGCAAAGCUCUGUUGGAAAAUAUCAAGCAAGCAGUGAAAGGUAUCCACGUGUAG